GUUACUAUAUUAUGGUCACACACACAGAAGAAGAAAAUUAAGAAGAAGAAAAAAGAAAAAGAAGAAGUAAGAAGAGAGCAAUACUACAUUAGACAUACAAUUUUUAGUAAUUAAAUAUAUUAAUUAGAAAAGAAUUAUGGCUGAGAUAUCACCGGCUGCAGAUGGCCACGGCGGAGUGGCGGUGGUGGACAUCAUAGAUUCCAAUCAUGACUCCGAUGACCACUCUUCAAGAUGCUGCUCCCUCACUGUCUCUUUUAUACAAAAGUUGAUAGCGGAGUUGCUGGGCACUUACUUCAUGAUAUUAGCCGGUUGCGGGUCCGUGGCCGUGAACCUCGACAAAGACAGCGUGGUUACUCUCCCCGGAAUAGCCAUGGUGUGGGGCCUUGUCGUCAUGGUCAUGAUUUACUCCGUUGGCCACAUCUCCGGAGCCCACUUCAACCCCGCCGUCUCCAUUGCCUUCGCCUCCACCAAUAGGUUCCCCUGGAGACAGGUACCUGCAUAUGUAGCGGCACAAGUAGUUGGAUCAACAGUAGCAGCCGGAACCCUACGUUUAUUGUUCAGUGGGCCGCACGAUUACUUCGUCGGCACCCUUCCUGGCGGCACCGACCUGCAGUCGUUGAUUUUAGAAUUUAUCAUCACAUUCUUUCUCAUGUUCGUUAUAUCAGGCGUUGCCACUGACAACCGAGCCAUUGGAGAGCUUGCUGGGAUGGCCAUAGGAUCCACCAUAUCGAUAAAUGUCUUGUUUGCUGGGCCUAUCUCAGGAGCUUCGUUGAACCCAGCAAGGAGUUUAGGGCCAGCUAUAGUAUCAAACAACUACAAAGGGCUUUGGAUCUAUCUAUUGGGCCCAACAGGUGGAGCGAUUGCUGGUGCAUGGGCCUAUAAUCUCAUUAGAUUUACUAAUAAACCUGUUCGUGAAAUUACUAAAAGUGGCUCUUUUUUGAGGGGUUCGACUUCGAAUCGUAUUCGUGCUGCUUAGAGCCUUAUCAUUUUGUACCAACUUGAGCUAUGGAUUGAUCAUAUUAUAUAUGUGUGUAUAAUUUGACGAUAUAAAAUGAACAUAUAUAUACUAUCUAGUUGGUUUGCGAAA